AGAAAUAAAAGCAUCGCAGCUGUGGAAAGAGAUAGAAGCUCGACAUCCUGGGUUGGCUGAUGUUAGAAAUCAGGUGAUAUUUGCUGUUCGUCAAGAAUAUGUCGAGCUUGGAGAUCAGCUCCUCCGGCUUCAGCCCGGAGACGAAAUUGCUGUUAUCCUCCCCAUUAGUGGAGGCUAGUGCAUUUAAGCCAUGUAGGAAAGAUAUGGAUGAUGUUGAAGAGAAACCUAAGGAUAUAAUAAAAUUCACUGCUGAGAAACUUUCCGUGGAUGAGGUCUCGCAGUUGGUGAUUUCUCCACCCUGUGGUGCAGUGUCCCUGUUUGUAGGGACUACGAGAAAUAACUUUGAAGGGAAGAAAGUCAUUAGCUUAGAAUAUGAAGCUUAUCUACCAAUGGCAGAAAACGAGGUCAGGAAAAUCUGUAGUGACAUCAGGCAGAAGUGGCCAGUCACACACAUAGCAGUGUUCCAUCGACUUGGCUUAGUUCCGGUGUCAGAAGCAAGCAUAAUCAUUGCUGUGUCCUCAGCACACAGGGCUGCAUCCCUUGAAGCUGUGAGCUAUGCCGUUGAUAAUUUAAAGGCCAAGGUGCCCAUAUGGAAAAAGGAAAUGUAUGAAGAGUCAUCUUCAACUUGGAAGAGAAACAAAGAAUGCUUUUGGGCAAACAAUGAUUAAUCAGUUACAUUUUUUUAGCGCUCUCAUACUUGGGUAAAGUUUCACCAUUGAUUUCUCUGUGAUUUUUCUCCUCCACAGAUUGAUAGCUCACCAAAGCUCAGUGUUUUAUAAGUGUGGGGCAAAAAAAGAGAGAAAAAGCUAAAAAAGUGUGUAUUUAGGAUGAAGGGUUCCUGGGAGCUAGAGCCAAAGCAAGGGCUUUAGGGAAGACAAGCAGCAGUAUAAAUGAGAGGGAAAGCGUCCGUGGAGGACGUCUUUCCAUGACUAAGCCUAGUUGUGACCCUGCUUACACUGGGGUCUGGCAGCUGCUCAUCGACCUCGUCUCAGACACGGCCUCCCCUUCAGCCUCCCAUCCUGAUACGUAUUUUUAGAACUUAAUAUAUUUUUUAAAAUAAGCCGAUAAUUUUAAAAGUUUACAAAUUUUCCCAUUUUUAAAAAUUCAGUGAUAAUACCUAAACUAUUUCAUAUUCUAGAGAUUUCUAGUAAUUUAGAAUCUUUAAUCUUGACCAUAAUACUUGUUGCAUUUUAUGGUUACUAAUAUUGUAUCAGCGUACAUAUCAGCAUGAAAUUGUUGUAAAACUACCAUCAACGUGUUUUAUGUUAAAAUAUUAGUUGAUGUCUAAAAUUUGACUUCCAGAAAUUGUUGUAAGGAGAGUAAUAUAAAGGAGAUUAUAUGUUUAUUUAUUAAAGCAUUUUCAGAUAGUUUACUUUCUGGUUGCUUUUGCAUCAUGGUCCUUAGUGAAGUUAUUGG